UGACCCGGAGUGGAACUGCUUCACCUGAGCGGUGUUUUCUGAGUUUUUACAUUUUAGUGAUAACAAAUAACAACUCUUUGUCUCUGCUGCACGUGACCACCUCUUAUAGUUUGUAGAUAAAGGAGUGUAUAUAAAACCUCAACUCUAUCACUGUCACCUGUAGGCCUAUAACAUCCUCCAGUCCUCCUGUUUGUGAAGCAGUUUCUAUACCCUCCCUUUUUAGGUGAGCUGCUGUCCAGGUGUACCUGGUGUGAUCCCGCCCUGUUCCAUUCAUAAAGUAUCUGCAGUGAAGAAUAUAUAAAGCUACAGUUGCUCCAGGUGAACUCAGGCUUGUUAUGCUCUUGCUGCUGCUGAGCACAUGUAGUUCAGCUGUAAACAACAACGCCACUGAGUCCAUCGGCUUUGACCAAGUCCAGGAGGCUCAAGAUGAUCCGGUCGAGAAGGACUCAAACCAGGCGAGGAAAGGUGGGAGACAGUCGACGGACACUGUGCAUACAGGUCUGGACCAGAGCCAGGUAGGCUGCAGGGAGCUCCGGUCCACAAAGUACAUCUCUGACGGUCAGUGCACCAGCAACAACCCUAUCAAAGAACUGGUCUGUGCCGGGGAGUGUCUGCCAGCCCAUCUACUGCCAAACUGGAUUGGAGGCGGGUCUAAUAACGGCAGGUACUGGAGCCGCCACGACUCUCAGGAGUGGCGCUGCAUCAUUGACCGGACCAGGACUCAGCGGAUACGGUUGCAGUGUCAGGACGGCACCUCCAGGACCUACAAGAUCAAUGUGGUGACAUCCUGCAAGUGCAAGAGGUACUCCAGAGACCUGAACAACUCAGGACACAAGGACACAUCUAUCCACAAACAGAGGAAGAGUCAGAGGAGGGCCACACCCCCUGACGACCCAACCCGGACACAGUCUGACAACUGAGACUAAACCAGUCCUGUAGUCCCAAAGUCCUUCAUUUUGUAGUUCAGAGUAUGAAACUGUUAUUAACUGCAGUAAACUGUAGUCCUGUUGUAAAUUAAAGUGUAGUAAAGUGUAGUCCACCUCUGGACUUGUAGAUCUGUACUCAACUGUUGUAAACUGCAGUCCUGUAGUAAAAUGUGGUAACUUAAUUCUGUAGGUCUGUAGACAUGUAUGCUUGUAGUAAACUGUAGUAGAGCUGUUUUAAAGGUGCAGUUAAGUGUAGAAACGCUGUAGUAAAAAUGUAGUAAAGCACAGUAUACUGUAGUAAAUGGUAUUAAAGUGUAGUAAUCUGUA